AUGGCGGGCGUGGCGCGGGGUUGGCGACCGACGAUGAGGAGGGCGAUGGCGGCCCCAGAGGACCCGACGUGGGGCCGGCUGCCGGCGACGAGGAGGGCGAGUGCAGCAACAGUGAGGAUUUCGUGGUUAAGGAUUGCAUUUUGUUGUUAUAGUUGUGGGAUUCCCUUACAGUAUUUUGAUAAAUGGUCACGACGCCACCGCAUCUGGACUCUGGAGCCGCAGAACGGCACACAAAAGUUCUUCGCCUUCGUGGCCAAGAACCUCUCCAAGCUCUGGGUGACGACGUUGCUCGUCUUAUUCAUACAGUGGGUGCUGUUCCGUCCGAUCGACGUGAAGCCCCACGCGUUCGACCUUCAGCAGGCCGAUGCCAUGGCGGCCACACCUGGUGCCCCUCAUCUCCGCUUCAACCUCACCGCCUACCUCCUUUUCAAGAACGCUCACAAUUACUACAGUACCAAUUACGACAACCUAGCCGUGAGUGUACUGUACGCAGGUGAGAAGCUAGGCCCAGUCGAUGACGAGCUUCCGUCUUUCAAGCAGGAUCCCCACGGGAGCACCGUGAUCCGGCUGGUGUGUGUGGGACAGCUGCGCAACGCUAGCAGCACAGUGGCCGAGAUGUUCUCUAGUGACAGGGACAAGGGGCUUUUUGAGAUGGUGGUGAGGAUGCGCGUCACGCUGGGAUACAAGUCCUGGCCGUUCAAGGAUGAGUACUUCACCAUUUACGACUGCUCGCUUUCCUCACCGUUUCCGCAGACCGGCGAGCCCGCUCUCUCGUCGCCGGCGUGGUGCAAGACCUACGACAUCUAG